AUGUUAAGCAGCAGCAGUGAUUGUAGCACAUCGCUGCUUGACGACCUUGACAUCAACCUCAGAGCAAAGAGGAGAUGGCGCAUGGCGUAUCUGGCUUUACGUGUUGUUCGGGUCAUGCUAGAGCUUCCUAAAGAGAUUAUAUCCAGGGCAAGCAACUAUGAAGGCGACGAUGAGACUGUUCACUACAGUUUUGUGUCCAACAGUGAGCAUGAUGAAGAUGCAGGCCUCAAAGAAAUGGCCAAGGAAAAAGAGUUGGCUACUGCUCUAAGUGAUCAUGGAGGAUUAUUUACAGCAGGCCUUGCAACUUCUGAUUAUACCAAAAGCCAUUAUGAUUAUGGAAAAUUGCUCCAUGACAUCACCACAAUCACCUUCACCAGAGCCAAGAAGAGAUGGCGCAUGGCCUUUGCAGCCAUAUACGCUGUCAGGGCAAUGCUUUCGCUUCCCAAAGAGAUUGUAGCCAAGAGAAACAACUACAAACAUCACUCCGAGAUCUUCCACUCUUUUUCUCACACUGCACCGGACAUCGAACUAAGCACCGCCUUGGACUUGAAACCAAGAACAAAAUCUCAAACUGAUGCCUACGGUUUUGUCCCCAACCCUGACUUUGACCAUGCAGGGCUCACAACAAUGGUUAAGGAAAGAGACUUGGGUGCUGUAAACGAGUCUGGAGGAGUUAUAGGCAUUGCUGCUUCUCUCGGGACAAACCCUGAAAACGGAAUCUAUGGAAACGAUUUACAUAUCAACAAGCGGCGCGAAGUUUAUGGAUCAAACACCUACCACAAGCAGCCUCCAAAAGGGUUGCUCUAUUUUGUGAUGGACGCUUUAAAAGACACAACCAUUCUGAUUCUAUGUGUCUGCGCAGCACUUUCUCUUGGAUUUGGAAUCAAAGAGCAUGGGGCGAAGGAAGGCUGGUACGAGGGAGGGAGUAUCUUUGUUGCUGUAUUUAUUGUCAUUAUUGUCUCAGCUCUGAGUAACUUUAGACAAGAAUUGCAAUUCGACAAGUUGUCGAAAAUAAGUAGCAACAUCAAAGUUGAGGUACUUAGAGACAGACAGAGACAAGAAGUCUCCAUUUUCGAUAUUGUAGUUGGAGAUGUUGUGUUUCUGAAGUUGGGAGAUCAAAUACCUGCAGACGGAUUGUUCCUAGACGGCCGUUCCUUACAAGUGGAUGAAUCGAGCAUGACGGGAGAGAGUGACCAUGUAGAAGUUGAUUCUGCCAAGAACCCCUUCCUGUUGUCUGGUGCAAAGGUGGUAGACGGCUAUGCCCAAAUGCUCGUCACAUCAGUUGGGAUGAACACGGCGUGGGGCGAAAUGAUGAGCUCAAUAUCGCAGGACACAAACCAACGAACACCAUUACAAGCAAGGCUUGACAAACUAACCUCUUCUAUUGGAAAAGUAGGCCUUAUAGUUGCUUUCCUAGUUCUGGUAGUCUUGUUGAUUCGUUAUUUCACCGGUAACACAAAAGAUGAGUACGGAAAUAAGGAGUAUAGUGGUAGCAACAAAAACAUAGAUAAUGUGUUGAACGGAGUGGUUCGAAUUGUUUCUGCUGCAGUCACUAUUGUGGUGGUGGCAAUCCCAGAGGGUUUGCCGUUGGCGGUCACACUAACGCUAGCUUACUCAAUGAAAAGAAUGAUGAAAGAUCAGGCUAUGGUCAGAAAACUACAAGCUUGUGAGACAAUGGGAUCAGCAACCGUUAUUUGUACAGACAAAACAGGUACUUUGACAAAAAAUGAAAUGGAAGUCACUAAGUUUUGGCUUGGCCAAGAACCUAUUGAAAAACAUAAUUCAAUCAAACAAAAUGUCUCUGAAUUAUUCCAUCAAGGAGUUGGUUUGAACACAACUGGGAGUGUUUACAUACCUCUCUCAGGAUCCAAACCUAACAUCUCUGGCAGUCCAACAGAAAAAGCUAUUCUGUAUUGGGCUGUUUCAGAUUUGGGCAUGGACAUGGAAAAAAUGAAGCUUAGUUAUGAUAUUCUUCAAGUUGAAACAUUUAACUCAGAUAAGAAACGAAGCGGAGUUCUUAUAAAGAAAAAGGAAGAUAAAUCCAUCCAUGUGCACUGGAAAGGAGCUGCUGAGAUGAUAGUUGCCAUGUGCUCAAGUUAUUAUGAAACCGACGGAGCUAUAAAGUCGUUGGAUGAAGAAAGUAGGUCUAACAUUGAGAAAAUAAUCCAAGGCAUGGCAGCUAGCAGCCUCCGGUGCAUUGCUUUUGCUCACACACAAAUUUUAGAGGAAGAAAUUGAAUACAGCAAUGAUGAGAAGACUCACCCAAGGCUCAAAGAAGAUGAACUGAUCUUGCUAGGAGUAGUUGGUCUCAAAGAUCCAUGUCGACCAGGGGUCCUCAAUGCCGUGAAGAUCUGCAAGUCUGCAGGAGUGCAAAUCAAAAUGAUAACGGGAGACAAUGUUUUCACAGCAAAAGCCAUAGCUACAGAAUGCGGAAUACUGCAGAUUGGGGACGAAGCAAAUUAUGGUGAACAAGUGAUAGAAGGAGUCGAGUUUCGAAACUAUACACACGAAGAGAGAAUGGAAAAGGUUGAUAACAUCCUCGUGAUGGCCAGAUCUUCCCCGUUCGACAAGCUUCUGAUGGUGCAAUGCUUGAAGCAGAAAAAUCAUGUGGUUGCAGUCACAGGAGACGGCACCAACGACGCACCCGCAUUGAAAGAAGCUGACAUAGGACUCUCCAUGGGGAUCCAGGGCACCGAGGUGGCGAAAGAGAGCUCGGACAUCAUCAUCUUGGACGACAACUUCAACUCUGUGGCCACAGUUUUGAGGUGGGGCAGAUGCGUUUACAACAACAUACAGAAAUUCAUACAAUUUCAGCUUACUGUCAAUGUGGCAGCUCUGGUUAUCAACUUCAUUGCAGCAGUUUCAGCUGGAGAUGUUCCCUUAACAGCAGUUCAACUAUUAUGGGUGAAUCUCAUCAUGGACACUCUUGGUGCUCUGGCUCUUGCAACCGAGCGGCCUACCAAUGAGCUCAUGCAGAAGCAGCCUGUUGGCCGAACCGCGCCGCUCAUAACCAACAUUAUGUGGAGAAACCUUUUAUUUCAAGCUCUGUACCAAAUAGCUGUCCUCUUGAUCUUGCAGUUCCGGGGAGAGUCUAUCUUCAUCAGCCAUCCCAAUCAAUUGUAUGGCCAGAAUAAAGGUUUUUCAGCUUCAGAAAAGGGGAAAGGGGGUAUUUGGAUGAGAAUGGGAAAUUUGGAGAAGAAGGCUAGGGCUUAUCCAUUCAAUCUGCAAGUCUGGGAAAUUUGGUGGUGGUCGGCGACGGGUGGUUGGCCGGUGGUGGUGAUUGACUAG